AUGUCAUCUACCACCAAUGCCUCCGAUACGGGCUCGCCUUCUUCUUCUUCAUCCGAUUCUUCACCUUCCAGUGCUUCGACAACAGCUCGUUCAGGUUCAUGGACCUCGUUUUUGAAAUCAAUUGCUUCCUUCAAUGGUGAUUUAUCCUCCUUAACUGCACCUCCAUUCAUUUUAUCACCAACUUCGCUUGUGGAGUAUUCUCAGUACUGGGCAGAACAUCCCGACUUGCUUGUUGCGCCAAACGAACUAACAACUACGGCACAUGCGGAUAAUGACGAAAUCGAAGCAAUGUCCUUGAAAAGAAUGAUUGCGGUUACAAAAUGGUUCAUAUCUACUUUGAAGUCGCAAUAUUGUUCGAGAAAUGAAAGUAUGGGAAGUGAAAAGAAACCAUUAAAUCCAUUUUUGGGUGAAGUUUUUGUUGGUAAAUGGGAAAGUGAAAAAUUGGGAGAAACCUUUUUAUUGAGCGAACAAGUGAGCCACCAUCCUCCGGUUACUGCUUAUGCUAUUGAGAAUCCUAAACACAAUAUCAUAUUACAAGGCUAUAACGGUAUCACCUCGAGCAUUUCAACCUCCUCAAUUAAUAUUAAGCAAUAUGGGCAUGCCUUGUUGGACUAUAAGGACUUGGAAGAAAAUUAUUUGGUGACGUUGCCGCCAUUACAUAUUGAGGGCUUGAUUACAGCGGCACCCUUUGUUGAGUUGGAAGGUACAUCUUAUAUACAGGCAUCGAAUGGAUACUUUGCAGUGAUAGAUUAUAGUGGAAGAGGAUGGGUUACGGGUAAAAAAAAUACAUUUAAGGCUAGAAUAUUCCGCGAUCAAGUAGCAAGCUCGUCGAAAGAAAAUGCAUUGGUAACUAUCAGCGGACAAUGGUCUAGCAAAUCGUAUAUUGGCAAAGGAGGGUCAACGCCAAAUUCCAAACAUUCACCAUUGUUUUACGAUGCCAAAGCAUCCAAAGCCGAACAUUUGAAGGUGAAACCAAUUGAAGAACAGCAAGAUUUCGAAUCGAGAAAAGCAUGGCAAAAAGUUGCUGAGGCAAUUAAGAAAUCCGAUUACAAUUUGAUUUCUUAUGAGAAAUCUCUAAUUGAAAACCACCAAAGAGAAUUGAGAAAGAAGGAACGAGAAGCCGGAACGAAAUGGCAAACAAGAUGGUUUGAUCUUGUCGAUUACAAUGAUGAUAAUGGCGAAACCGACAGUAAUGUUAUACAACCAGAUGAAUUUAUCAACUUGACCAAUUUGGCUAACUUAUCUAUCCACAAUGCACCACUGGGCUCAUUAAAGAAGUCCAAAUAUGAUCAAGGCGAAGCUAAGCAUUGGAGAUUCAAUAAAGAAAAAUGGGAAAAUGAUGAUAUGAAUCUCAAGGUGUUGCAAUUAGUGAAAACAGCGAUUUUCAAGUACGUUCCAGUUAUUAUGGCGCCUGCAAGUGAUAAAACAAUUGUUAUUGGGUCUGGUUUAGCGGGUUUAACGGCUACGCUUGAAUUGAUCUCCCAAAAUCACAAAGUUAUCUUAUUGGAGAAGACCGAUAAGUUGGGCGGGAACUCGGCCAAGGCAUCAUCUGGUAUUAAUGGAGUGCCUACAAUCUACCAACAUAAUGACGAUACCGUUGAGAUUUUCAAAGAGGAUACUUUGAAAUCAGGAAAGGGGCUCUCCAAUGUGGCUUUGGUUGAUAAGUUAACUACACAAUCUAGCAGUGCCAUUGAAUGGUUGACUAAAGAUUUGCAAGUUGACCUUUCCCUGGUGGCUCAACUCGGAGGACACUCAUUUGCCCGGACUCAUAAGGGGGCUGGAAAAUUGCCGCCUGGUUUUGCAAUUAUUAAGGGUAUUACAACAAAAAUUGAGGAGUUGCAAUCAGCUACUCCUGAGAUAUUGACGAUUUUGAAGAAUAGUCAACUCGAAAAAAUCUUGUAUGAGGACCAUAGAAUUCAAGGAGUCCAAUACAAGGAUUUGAAAACUGAUAAAGUUGAUACCAUUUUUGGAGACAACUUAAUCCUUGCUACUGGAGGAUUUUCGGCAGACUUUCAGUCUUUAGAUACUUCGUUACUUCAAAAGUAUAGACCAGAUUUAUUGAAAUUUCCUACUUCAAAUGGCCAACAGACAACUGGUGAUGGCCAGAAAAUAGCCGAAAGAGAUGUCGAUGCAGAGUUAAUUCAUAUGGAUCAAAUUCAGGUACAUCCCACAGGGUUUAUCAAUCUUAAGGAUGUUACGUCGAAAUGGAAAUUCCUUUGCGGCGAGGUGAUGAGAGGAAUUGGUGGAGUAUUGUUAUCACCACAAGGAUCACGGUUUACUGAUGAAUUGAGUACAAGGAAUGUUGUCACCAGUGCUAUUUUACAUAAUUGUGAGAUAAAAAGAGAAAAUGAGUAUGGCUUUCCUAUAGGAUCAUUUGCAUCUAUAUUAGUAAUUAGUGAGGAUGACUACCCAAAGGCCAAGAAUCACAUUGAUUUUUAUGAGUUUCAGGGAUUAUUGAAAAAGGGAUCUGUUAAUGAUUUGCUUGAGAUAUUACACAAGAUUGACCCCGUAAACACAGCGUUAACAAUUGAAGAUGUGUCAAAGACUUUUGUAGAAUACAAUAAUGCCAUCUCAAAAGAUGGUGGUGAUGGCGACGUCCAUGGCCGUAAGGUAUUCGGUAGUCCUUUUGGUAAACAAUUUUACUUUGGAUUGACCACACCAGUCUUGCAUUUUGCUAUGGGAGGCAUAAAGAUUGAUGAGCAUGCUAGAGUAAUUGAUAAACAGGGAAAUACGAUAGAGAACUUGUACGCGAUCGGUGAGGUAAGUGGUGGGUUACAUGGAGGAAACAGAUUAGGCGGUAGUUCCUUAUUGGAAUCUGUUGUUUUUGGUAAGGAAGCUAGUCAUCACAUCAACAGCAAAAGCAAAAGCGAAUAG